CGCCUGCAACCAACUGAAGCACCGUCGUCGAACUGGAAGCACCCUGUCCGUCACUCCUUGUCACGGUAUAGGCACCACGGCACGUCUGCCCACACCCGACUUGCACCUCACUGCACACAGCUACACCACUACCGACCGACCAACAAACCAACAAACGAGCGACACGGAGACCACGAACGAGAGAGAGAGGGGUUGCAGAUAAUACCUCUUCGCCUGUAGUGCUCGCCAAUCGACGGUUUCAAGGUCCAGCGGAUUGGACUUCCGUUGAUUCCAUUCUCGAUCAAGAUACCCGGUCACCUUGCCCUGCCGACCGGCCAGGCCACCUUUCCGUCGCUUGGAAAUAGUCCAAAGCCGACUGACCGACUGUGUGCGCGCGCGCGCGACACAACGAGAAACUCCUCCCGACCCUUUUCCCAAACCGACCGAUCAGCGACCAACCGACGACGACACCGCGCCCCAGCGCCAUUCGUCAAGAUGUUGAUCUUUGGCAAUCUAAUCUAUGUCUCUUGCCUAUUGAUCAACGCUAUUGCCAUCCUCUCUGAGGAUAGGUUUCUUGCCAGGAUCAACUUCUCUCCCUCCUCCUACGACCCAGCCUUCGGCCAAAGCGCAGAUGCCUCCGUCCAAGCCAAGAUCAUGAACCUGAUUGCGAGCGUACGGACGUUGAUGAGGCCCCUCCUGAUUUUGGUCAACACACUGAUAAUAAUAUACGAGCUGGUGCUUGGCUAAGUCGAGGAUCUUUUGGUCGAACAUCGCACCAAGAAAAGGAAGCUGGGUGUCGAGUUGAGGACAGAAAGAAUAGAGAGCGAGAGAGAGGUAUAAUGGGAUGAUGUAGGGGAAUAAGAAGGUUGAGGAGGGUCAUCAAGCGAAUCAGGGAUCAAGAAAGGACUGGAACAGGAAGCAAAGCAAAGCAUACGAAUACAUCUGGAAGACGGGUUUAGUCAUAUGGUUCGGACUACUACAUGGCCUCGUGGGCUGACAAGAAGAGAAAGAAAGAAGGAUGAUAACGCAUCGGAAUGAUUAACAAAUAAUGUAAAGUUGACAUCACCGCUUGGGUCUGAUGAGCGAAUAAUGGCUGCAGACUUUCAGACAGGGAAGAGGCGGUUGUGUGAAACUGUUCCCUUCAUGAGAAUUGCGAAGUAGUGUAGUUUCAAAGUCAGUGCCUGU